AUGAGCACACCAGUGAGCACCUCAGCUCCUUUCUUCCCAACUUCGGGUGCAAGCAAUCCUACAUCUACUUUCUCUGUUGUGGAUUAUGUGGUGUUUGUGCUACUGCUGGUUCUCUCCCUUGUCAUCGGGCUCUACCAUGCCUGUCGAGGCUGGGGCCAGCAUACCGUAGGCCAGCUGCUGAUGGCAGACCGACAGAUGAGCUGCUUACCUGUGGCACUGUCCCUGCUGGCCACCUUCCAGUCAGCUGUGGCUAUCCUGGGUGUGCCAUCUGAAAUCUACCGAUUUGGGACUCAGUAUUGGUUCCUGGGCUGCUCCUAUUUCCUGGGGCUGCUGAUCCCCGCACACAUCUUCAUCCCUGUCUUCUACCGCCUGCGUCUCACCAGUGCCUAUGAGUACCUGGAGCUACGAUUCAAUAAAGCAGUACGGAUUUGUGGAACUGUGACCUUCAUUUUUCAGAUGGUGAUCUACAUGGGGGUUGUGUUGUACGCACCAUCAUUGGCCCUCAAUGCAGUGACUGGCUUUGAUCUGUGGCUGUCAGUGCUAACCCUUGGCCUUGUCUGUUCUGUCUAUACUGCUCUGGGUGGCCUGAAGGCUGUCAUCUGGACAGAUGUGUUCCAGACACUGGUCAUGUUCCUAGGGCAGCUGACAGUUAUCAUCGUGGGCUCGGCUAAGGUGGGCGGCUUGGGGCGUGUGUGGGAGGUGGCUUCCCAGCAUGGUCUCAUCUCUGGGAUCGAGCUGGAUUCUGACCCUUUUGUGCGGCACACUUUUUGGACCCUGGCAAUUGGGGGUGUCUUCAUGAUGCUCUCCCUGUAUGGGGUGAACCAGGCGCAGGUGCAGCGCUACCUCAGUUCCCGCACAGAGAAGGCUGCAGUGCUUUCCUGCUAUGCAGUGUUCCCUUGCCAGCAGGUGGUCCUCUGCAUGGGCUGCCUCAUUGGCCUGGUCAUGUUUGCCUAUUACAAGGAGAAUCCUAUGAGCAUCCAGCAGUCCCAAGCAGCUCCUGACCAGUUCGUCCUGUACUUCGUGAUGGAUCUCCUGAAAGGCCUGCCGGGCCUGCCUGGGCUCUUUGUCGCCUGCCUCUUCAGUGGCUCCCUCAGCACCAUAUCUUCAGCUUUUAAUUCACUGGCAACCGUUACAAUGGAAGAUCUGAUUCGCCCCUGGUUCCCUGAGUUCCCUGAAGCCCGGGCUACCAGGCUUUCCAAAAUUCUCGCCUUUGGCUAUGGACUGCUUUGUCUGGGAAUGGCCUUUAUUUCCUCCCAGUUGGGGCCUGUGCUGCAGGCAGCACUCAGCAUUUUCGGUAUGAUUGGAGGGCCGCUCCUUGGACUCUUUUGCCUUGGAAUGUUCUUUCCUUGUGCCAACCCCCUGGGAGCCAUAGUGGGCCUGUUGACUGGACUCGUCAUGGCCUUCUGGAUCGGCAUUGGGAGCAUAGUGACCAGUGUGGCGGCCUCUCCCGCUAACGUUUCCAGCAUCCUCCUGCCUGGCAAUCUGACCACCAUCCCCAUGACCACACUGAUGCCCUUGACCACUCCCUCCAGGCCUGUAGGGCUGCAGCGGCUCUAUUCCCUGUCUUACUUAUGGUACAGCGCCCACAACUCCACCACUGUCAUUGUGGUGGGCUUGAUUGUCAGUCUGUUCACUGGAGGCAUGCGGGACCGGAACCUGAACCCUCAGACCAUUUACCCCGUGUUGCCAAAGCUCCUCUCUCUCCUGCCCUUGUCCUGCCAGAAGCGAUUCUCCUGUGGAAGCUGUAGCCAGGACCUCCCCGUGGACACUGCUGCCUUUCCAGAGAAGAUGAGUAAUGGCAUGCUGUGGGACGGCAGAGACAAGGAGGCCCUGGCAGUGCCUGAGGAAGGUUCACCUCACCAGCCCAGCGGUCCCACCUUCAUUGUCCAAGAGACCUCACUGUGA